UCAACCCCCAUUUUCAAGAACCAAACCAACCCAACAAUAUAAAAUUUCCCCUUUUGUUUGAACUAUCCAUCCCCUAUUUCACACACACAAACACACACACACACACACACUUACACACACAUUCAUACUACAACUUUCUUGAAUCUUGAUCAUGUCUUCAUCUUUUUCUCUCAUUCCCACCAAACAAUCUUGAAUUUUUAUUGAUACCCACCAAACAAUCUUGAAUUUUUCUUCAUACCCAUUUCUUAAAUCUUCUAAGUUUCCAAGAAUUAGCCCAAAGAAGAGGGAGGGGGGGAAAGACUAUCAUGUCCUCAAUCUUGGCUUCAAAUGGGAUGGUGUUAGCCACCGCCAUGGCUGCCGUCUCAGGCACCGUGCUCCUUCUUGCCUUCCACCUCCAGAAACAACCUUCCACCACCACCACCACCGCCGUCUCCGUUGCCGCCCGAUUCUCCAUCAUCGACCAUCCAAGAGGACCAAGACCCUGCAUCUCUUCAGAUGGGAAGAAGAGAGAGAAAAAGAACAAGAAAGUACACUUUGCAAAGGAUGUGAUGGAACCAAGUGGGAAUGGAGAAGAGUUUCGGAGGAGACUACAAAGUAAGAAUCUUUAUCAAAACAGGACUCUUUCGUCAACUUCGAAAGAUGGAGGGGGUGAAAAGAAAAUAUCUAGAGAUUACGAGGGUAUUCCAGCAAAUAGGAUGGCUCUCUACUCCGGAAUUCUGAGAGAUCGUGGUGUCCAUCGAGUGUCUUAUUGCUGAAUUGACUUUUGAACUUUUAGCCCCUCUUUUUUGUAAAUUACUUAGUUUCAACCCCUCAUCUUUUACGGUAGUGCAAAUUGCACCCCUUUUAGUUGGACUCUUGGUUAUGACAGCCGUUCGUAAGUUGUAUCCAUCGCUAUUGAUGUUGUACCAUCUUGUACAAAUUGAAAUGAAGAAGGCAUAGUUUUGUAUAAA